CUUUCUCCUCUUACUAUACUCACUCUCACAUACACAACCACAUUCACACACAUGCACACCCACACUCAUACACAGAGUGGAGCUUGUGGCAGUCCAGCUGAACAAAUACACUGGAGGUGUAAACUGAAAAGAUUCAAGCUUGAGAUUUUCUACAGGAUUAUCCAAAAUGAGCAGUUCUUUCUCAGCCAAAAUCCAGUCCAAAAUGGAACUGGCUAAAGAUAUGAAGGAGGAAGAUAAGUUGUACAGAUAUAACGGAGUGCUGUACCCUGUCCUCAUGAGUCCAGAGGAGAACCUGAAGGCUAUGGAGAGGCUGGAAGCAAGAGCAGAUGAUGUCAUGUUAGUUGCAUAUCCCAAAUGUGGUUUUAAUUGGAUGGUGGCGGUGCUGCGUAAAAUAAUAGCACAAGCAACUGGUGAAACAGCAGAGUCCAAAUUCCCUCCAUUGAUGGAGUUCUUUGGGACCGAAAUGCUCCAGGUUUUUCACCAAGCUCCGUCCCCUAGAUUUCUGGGGACACACAUGCACCCAGAUAACAUUCCUGAAUCCUUCACCACAAAGAAAACAAAGAUGCUGGUGAUAUUCAGGAACCCGAAAGACACAGUGGUCUCCUUUUAUCACUUCUCAAACAAGAACCCAGUGCUACCCACUGCAAAGUCCUGGGACUGCUUCUUCUCAGAGUUUAUGAGUGGAAAAGUUCCCUGGGGUUCAUAUUUUGACCAUGUACUUGGCUGGGAGAGGAGAAUGGAUGACCCUAACGUGAUGAUAGUCACCUUUGAGGAGUUAAAACAGGACCUGAGUGAUGGUGUGCGAAGGGUCUCUGAGUUCUUUGGUUUCAGUCUCAGUGAUGCCCAGGUCCAGACCAUCGCAGAGGAGAGCACCUUCAAUGCUAUGAAGGAGAGCUCCAAGGCCUCACACGGCCAGAUGGGCAACGUCUUCUUCAGGAAAGGUGAAGUAGGGGACUGGAAGAACCAUUUCACCCUAGCCCAAAGCCAGGAGAUGGACACAGCAUUCAAGAAGCACCUGGCAGGGACAACACUGGGGGCCAAACUAAAGUAUGACCUGUACUGCAAGUAGACAGCAGACUGGACAAACACUUACUGAGCUGAGACAGGAUACAAGGGAAACACUGACAGGGAAGUUCAACUCAAAUUUCUUUACCUUGUAAUCCUUGUUUUUAUAUCACUGUUUGAAGAUUAAAGUUGGUUAAUUGAUUGAUAUUGGC